ACUGCCGAGCCCUGUUUGAAAUCCGUUAACGGCGGCGGCAGAGGCGCCGCGCGGAGUGGCGGCGGCGCUGCUGAGGAGAGAAGAUCAGAUCUUCCUUUCCUGCCUCAGCAGCUCUGCAAACCAGGUGAAAGCUGAUCCCGCAGAACGGGGGUGAGGGUUCCCCGGCUGGCUGCCUGCAGACACCCGUGUCGACACAGGAGGGCUGUAGAGGUGCAGACAGAGGACUCUUGGGGACCGUGUGGCUGUGAAGAUGUCUAAGCCAGAAUCCCGUUAUUCUUUUGAUGUCCCAAACAUCUGCAUCGAUUUUGCAACUCUGAAUGAGGAUGAUAUGCACAAUGCAGACUCCUGGUUUGAUGAAAAAGCCAAUCUGGAGAAUGUCCCUCCUGCAGAAAAUCUGGCAGAGGUCUCACACCGCAGCCCUGCUUUUUCAAAGCCUGAUGUUACUCUGUCUUCUGUCCCAUCACAAGAAGUAGCCAUGAGUGAAAGUGAUGGUGAAGCAGAACGUGCCCAGGGCAACACGGUCCCUCAGAAUAUUGUUGGGUCCCUGGCAACCUGGAGAGCUGCUGCCCCUGCAGAGGCCCCUCAGAGACCAGGCAGGAGACUGGCUACAAAGCAGGGGAAGACCCAGCAGCGCAAGCAGCCGGGCAGAAUCAAAGCAGAGAGAAUUGCUAAUGCCCUGGAUAAUAAGGAAGAUAUUCCACCCUUGAAGAAAAUGAGACUUUCUGGUAGCAGAGAGAAGGCGACAGAAACGUCCACAAAGAAAGAACCCCUGCAGGAUCCUGACCUCUCUCCAGGGAGAGGGAAAAGCAAACAGACCAUGCCCUCCACGCCAACAAUGUUGAAGAGGACCAAACCUUCUAACAAGCCAAAGAGUACAGAGGAGCAGGAGCUGGAAAAGAUGCAGCAAUUGCAGCAGGAGGUUAUGGAGCUGCGGAAGAAGAACGAGGAGUCUCUGAAAGCAGCUAUUGCUGGAGCAGCACAACCCAUGAAGAAACCUGUCGGUCAAGUAACAAAGCCAAUUAAUUUCCACUUCUGCACGGAGAAUAGAAUUAAGCAGAACGUAGAAAGUCAGCCUGUGAACGAGUACAAGGAGCUGGAUUUUGCAGCAGUCCUGAGGAAGCAUCCCCCUUCUCCGGUGCGAAUGCCAAAGGGACACACUGUCCCCAAACCUUUCAAUCUGUCCCAGGGAAGCAAAAGAAAACUUGAAGAAGCCACAACAGAAUAUGUGUCCUUUGCUGAGCAGGUAGAAGCAUUCCAAAAACGCACACCCCCUCGUUACCAUUUGAGGAGCAGGAAAUCUGAGGAAGGCUCAGUUUCAAAAAAGCCAGUGAAGCCUCAGCCCACGCAUCCCAAAACACCAGUGCUGCGAACAAAGCAUCGCUUGAGACCUGUCACCUGCAAAACUGCUGCAGAGUUAGAAGCAGAGGAAGUAGAGAAAAUUCAACAGUACAAAUUCAAAGCACGAGAAGUCAAUCACAAAAUCUUUGAGGGUGGGCCACUCCUGCCCAAGAAACCCCCUCUGAAGAAGCUCACCCAACCCAUUGGCUUUCAGCUGGAAAUAGAAAAAAGGAUUCAGGAGCGUGAGAGUAAGAAGCAGCAGGAGGAAGAACGCUUCGAAUUCCAUUCCAGGCCAUGUCCCACAAAAAUCCUGGAGGAUGUUGUGGGUGUUCCAGAGAAGAAAGCACUUCCUGUUACAGUCCCCAAGUCUCCAGCAUUUACCUUGAGAAGCAGGACCCGUGUGUCUGGCAGAGAGGAGGAAAAGGAAAAAGAGGAAGUGGCUGUGAUCAAAGCUAAUCCUAUGCCACAUUAUGGAGUGCCCUUCAAACCCAAAAUGCCAGAGCAGAGGCAUGUGGAAGUGUGCCCCUUCUCUUUCGAUGCCCGGGACAGAGAGCGACAAAUACAAAAAGAGAAAAAAAUAGAAGAACUACAGAAGGAAGAGGUGCCAAAGUUCAAAGCGUUGCCUCUGCCUUACUUUGACGAAGUUAAACUGCCAGAAAAGAAGGUCAAAACCCCAACUCAGCCUGAACCAUUCCAUCUGCACGUGGAUGAACGGGGAGCUGCCAAGCUCCAGAGCUGGAAACAGCAGCUUGAAGAAGACUUGAAAAGGCAAAAAGAGGCAGCAUGUUUUAAAGCUCGUCCCAACACAGUGGUGUACCAGGAGCCUUUUGUGCCCAAAAAGGAACAUAGGAUGUUAUCAGAGAGCCUUUCUGGUUCUGUAGUUCCUGAAAGCUUUGAGCUGGCAACAGAAAGAAGAGCAAAAGAACGGCAAGAAUUUGAAAAGCGAUUGGCAGAAGCAGAAGCCUUAAGGGAGAAGUAUGAGGAGCAGAUCAGGCAGCAACAAGAGGAGCGUGAAAAGGAAGAAGUUGCUAAGCUAAGACAAGAAAUGGUUCACAAGGCAAACCCAAUACGCAAAUACCGCAGCCUAGAAGUGAAGUCCAGUCAUCAACCGCUGACUGUGCCAAAGUCUCCCAACUUCUCAGACAGAUUCCGAUGCUGAUGAGCAUCCACUGAAAACUGCUGGGAGAUCCCAUCCCUCUCCACCUCCCUUGGUAGGAGAGAGGGAGCAAUUGUUUUUCCAUGACUGCUUGGUCUGAACUCCUGUGCUUGGUUUCAUUGUUGUACUGAGUAGUUAAACUCCACCUGAGCCCAUGGCAUUUCAGCAGUGCCUCCUGGCCUUGCUGUGUAUAUAGACCCCAUCUUCUCUAGAGACCUAAACCAAGUUUUGAUAUUGCAUACAGAUAUUGUGUACCUAACUAAAUAAAAAUUCCUAAUCUGCUCGCUGUCUAUGGCUAGUGGGCUGAAGCCCUUUCCUGCAGAAGAGUUUUUGAUAAAGACUGGCCAUGCAGAUCUGUGCAUCUGGCAGAGCUGUCUAAUGUUUUUACACUAAGUGCUAUUUUCAAGUGUCUGUUUUUUAGCAUUUAGUCUACAUUUAGCUUGAAUUGUGUUAAUUGAGGUUCCUUCAAGCCAGUGUAGCGCGGGUCUGGCCUUCCUUGUUGAUGUUUAGAUGACCACAAAUACAAAUCUUGCCUACACUUAAAAGUAAUUCUUUGUGUAUAUUAGAGUAUUAAACCAUCUUGCUGUUUUAUAACUGAAGUCCUUUUUGGGAAGCCAUUUGUCUGGCAGGUGACUUGCUGUGAGCUGCUGCCCCAGCUUCUGGCAGUGCAGGUCUCUUGGCUGCAGAGCCAUCAGCAUCUCUGGCUAGUUUUGGCAGUGAGCAGAGCUAAACAUAGCCCAAGUGCUCAAUUGCUGGAGGACAAAACUGCUGGCAUUAUGAAGAGUGGACACAUCUAGAUUAAAGUUUUAAUAAUUAUUUCUUA